AUGCGGUCGCUAGGAGCGCUAGCUUCCCUCUCGCUGGUUUCAGGCGCCUUCGCUGCGCCGACUAAUUCUUCUGCCGUUCUACCCGUCGUCGAUUUGGGCUACGAGCUGUACCGCGCCGCUGCUUUCAACCAAACUGCGGGAUAUUACAAUUUCUCCAACAUCCGUUAUGCUCAGCCUCCCACUGGGGAUUUGCGUUUCAGGGAGCCUCAGCCCCCCAAGACCGACAGGUCGGUCGUUCACGAUGGCUCAGACGGAAGGGUAUGUCCUCAGGCCGAUCCUGCGUGGAAUCUGGUUGCUGCGCAAUGGCUUCCUCAGUACUUGAUCAGUGGAACCCUUAAGAACGUUAGCCGUACUGUAUCGCCGGCAAUAAUCUCCAACUACACUCUUACCAGGGAUCCCAGAGAGAACGAAGACUGCUUGUUCUUGGAUGUUAUUGUGCCCCAGCAGGUUUACGACAACGCCAAGAAUGGCACCGGCGCACCAGUGCUCGUCUGGAUCUAUGGUGGAGGCUACACUGGAGGUAACAAGAUUUCCGGAAACCCCAUCGAGCUCCUCUCCCGCGGCAAGGGCAGCUAUUCGGACGGCGCCAUCUACGUCGCCAUGAACUACCGUCUUGGCGCGUUCGGCUGGCUUGCAGGACCUACUUUCCAGGAAGACGGUACCGCGAACGCGGCGCUGUACGAUCAGCGCCUGGCUCUCAAGUGGGUGCAGGACAACAUCCACCUGUUCGGAGGUGACAAGGACCGGGUUACCGUAUUUGGAGAAUCCGCGGGUGGCGGGUCCAUCAUGCACCAGAUUACCGCGUGGGGUGGCCGCGAGGCAGCGCCUUUCCAACAAGCGAUCCCGCAGUCCGCGGGCUGGUUCCCCUCAGCAUCACCCGAGAAGCAGGAAACCACCUUCCAAGAGUUCCUCUCCCUACUCAACGUCUCGACGCUCGACGAAGUCCGGAAGCUGCCCUCAAAGGCCCUGAUCGCCGCCAACGCCCUCCAGGUCGCCAAUUCCGACUACGGACAAUUCACCUACGGCCCGCAGGUCGACGGCAACUUUGUGCCCGCGGAUCCCAAGACGCUGCUCAACCACGGGCAGUUCGACCAAAACGUGACGCUGUUGGUCGGGCACAACGAGAACGAGGGGCUGCUGUUCGCGCCGCCACUGACGGACUCGGACGGCUAUCUCACGUUUGUCAAGGACCUGGUGCCGAGCGCCAAGAGCACCAUCAUCGACUACAUCGUCAACACGCUGUACCCGGCCGUCUUCGACGGCAGCUAUGGCUACCGCGACGAGAUCCAGCGCGCGGCGCUCACGCUCGCAGAGGCGGGCUUCACGUGCAACGCCGCGGCGCUGGACUGGGCCUUCGACAACCAGACCUACGCCUACCUCUUCGCCAUCCCGCCCGCCAUCCACGGCCAGGACGUCCCCUACACUUACUACACGCCUGGCGGGCCGGCGGCGGCCAGCUUCGUGCCCCUGGACACGAACGUGACGGUUGCGCACGCCCUGCAGGACUUUAUCAUGACGUUUGCCGAGACGGGCACGCCCUCCUCCCUCGUCCCUGGCGUGCCCGUCUUUAGGAUGUUUGGCGCUGGCGCGAAUGUCGAGCGCUUGGGCGUUAGUGGCAUUAAGGAGGCGGUGGACCCUGCCGCGAAUGAGCGCUGCAAGUGGUGGUUGAAGCAGUUGAUUUAUUAG